AUGUCAUCUUUAAACAAUACUGCAGUGAUGGACUUCAUUCUUGUGGGACUCACAGACAGCCCAGUCCUGGGGAGGAUCCUCUUUGUGGUGUUUCUGGUCAUUUACUUUAUAACGCUGACAGGAAACCUGUGUAUGAUUGUGCUGAUCAGGACCAAUUCCCACCUGCAAACACCCAUGUACUUCUUCCUUGGCCACCUCUCCUUUGUAGACAUUUGCUACUCUUCCAAUGUUACCCCAAACAUGCUGCACGGUUUCAUCUCAGACCAGAAGACCAUCUCCUAUGCUGGAUGCUUCACACAGUGUCUCCUCUUCAUUGCUCUGGUGAUCACUGAGUUUUAUAUCCUUGCUUCAAUGGCACUGGACCGCUAUGUGGCAAUUUGCAGCCCUCUGCAUUACAGUACCAGGAUGUCCAAGAAUGUUUGUGUCUCACUCAUUGCAUUCUCAUAUAUGUUUGGCUUCCUGAAUGGGCUGUCUCAGACUCUGCUCACUUUCCACCUGUCUUUCUGUGGCUCCCAUGCAAUCAACCACUUUUACUGUGCAGAUCCUCCUCUGAUCAUGCUAGCUUGUUCUGACACUCAUGUCAAAAAGAUGGCCAUGUUUGUUGUUGCUGGCUUCACUCUCAUAAGUUCUCUCUCUAUCAUUCUUUUCUCCUACCUGUACAUUUUUGCAGCCAUCUUGAGGAUCCGUUCUGCAGAAGGUAGGCAGAAAGCCUUUUCGACAUGUGGUUCUCACUUGACAACAGUCACCAUAUUUUAUGGAACCCUUUUCUGUAUGUAUUUAAAGCCUCCAUCAGAGAGGUCAGUAGAGGAGUCCAAAGUAAUUGCGGUGUUUUACACUUUUUUGAGUCCAUUGCUGAACCCUUUGAUCUAUAGCCUGAGGAAUAAGGAUGUCAUCAAUGCUAUGAAACAGGCGAUCAAGGGAAAGUUCUGUCAGAAAAUUUUGGUUUAG